AUGUCUGAAAACACUUCUCAUUGCAAUCUUGAAAUGGAUCAGUUAAAAGAUGAAAAACGAAUUUUUGCUGAUGUGAAUAAAGAUAAUUGCGAAGAACAGCCUAAUCAAGCUACUGUUUCGUGCGAGCUCAAGGAACCAAAUAACCAAAGCAGAACUGAUGGAGAAAAUAGCGAAACCAUUUGUACAAGAGAAGCUGCUCAAAGCAUCGAUGGUAGCCAAGCUGAAUUAGGUAGUUUACAAGAUGAAAAAGAAAGCGUAUAUGCGGUGAUAUAUUAUGAACGUGAAAAUAAUCGAAGUAAGAUCAGUUAUUCCAAGAAAGAUACGAAAGUAAGGGGAAGAAAUUAUGCUAAUUCUGAAACAACCGAAAAUCUUUCGAAAGAUAAUACCAAAGUAAAUCUUUAUUCAUCGUUAUUGGCCCAUAAUGGUUAUAAUAGGAGCGAUAAAGUCAUUAAAUUAGUAAAAGGAAAUCUUGAAAAAGAGGGUACUAAAGCAGAUGCUAUCAUUAACUUCAUAAAAUUGAAAAAAUAUCACAUUGGGGAAAUUGGAAAGUGGUUCAUUGAUCGAAUUGAGAAUUGCUUGGAAAAAGCCCAUACAGACUCGAUGAAUUCCAUAGCAAUACCAAUGUAUGGCAGUCCUGUGUUUUGUUCUGAUAUCAACAACCUAUCUCAAGAAAUAGUCAUGAUUAUUUCCAAAUUUUAUGAAAAAUAUCAGCAAAUGUCGCCAUUACAAUCUAUCCAUCUUAUUAUUCCACCCAGUAAAUUAGACUGCUAUGAGGCUGUAAAGUCUGUGAUAAUGUCUUUUGAGUUGCUUGUUUAA